CGGCAGCGCCUGAGGAAAGCGUUGGAUCGCCUGCAUGCUGGAUUUAGGCUGACGUUUCCCCACUGCUGCCUACAGAUGGACACUCUCUACAUCUCUUCCCACCCUGAUGACUUCAGGAGUUUGUUGCCCUUGAUCGCUGUUGAAUUCUGUCCAUCUCCUCCACGAAUACUCCACCAGGACCCUCCGCCAGAGGUGGCCAGAUCUCGACCUGCGCUGGUUUUAGCAGGUGCGGGGGGCACCGUGCUCGGCGGCACCAGUGCUGUGAGCUGGUAUCUGGCAGCAGCGGGCAAGCGAGCCGGCAGUGAUAAGAAGCAGGAGAGUCAGGUGUGGCAGUGGCUGAGCUUUGCUGAGAAUGAGCUGACGCCGGUGGCCUGCGCUGUGGCUUUCCCUCUGCUGGGGAUCAUGGGAGUUGAUAAGAAGCUUCAGCAGAGUUCCAGAGCGGAGCUGCUGCGUGUUCUAAAAGCUCUGGAUGGGACUCUUGCACCUCGGACAUUCUUAGUUGGAGAGAGUGUUACUCUGGCGGAUGCGGCUGUUGCAAUGGCGGCUUUGCUGCCAUUCAAAUAUGCACUGGAGCCUGCAGACAGGAAGUCGUUGGUGAAUGUAACCAGGUGGUUCAAUACCUGUGUGAAUCAGCCACAGUUUCUGAAGGUAUUGGGUAAAAUCUCACUAUGUGAGAAAAUGCUGCCCGUGACCCCCAAACCCAGUGCUCCUUCCAAUGUCACAGUAACUGCUGCUACUGAUGCUGCUAAACCAGAAAGUGCGCCUGCUAAUGGUCCUCCUAAGACAGAAGCUCAACUGAAAAAAGAGGCCAAGAAGCGAGAAAAGAUGGAGAAGUUUCAGCAGAAGAAAGACAUGGAGGAGAAGAAGAAGAUGCAGCCUCAGACUGAGAAAAAGGCCAAACCAGAGAAGAAGGAACUGGGUGUGAUCACCUACAAUGUCUCCACGCCACCUGGAGAGAAAAAAGAUGUCCUGAGUCCUCUGCCUGAUUCCUACAGUCCUCAGUAUGUGGAAGCGGCAUGGUACUCCUGGUGGGAGAAACAAGGAUUCUUCAAGCCUGAAUAUGGGAGGAAUAAUCUAAGUGAGCCAAACCCGCGUGGAGUGUUCAUGAUGUGUAUCCCUCCACCCAAUGUGACUGGAUCCCUCCACCUUGGUCAUGCCUUGACCAAUGCUAUUCAGGACUGCUUGACGAGAUGGCACAGGAUGCGAGGAGAGACAACGCUGUGGAAUCCCGGCUGUGAUCACGCUGGCAUCGCCACACAGGUGGUGGUGGAGAAGAAACUCAUGAGAGAGCGGAAGAUGACCAGACACGAUCUUGGGCGAGAGAACUUCAUCCAGGAGGUCUGGAAGUGGAAGAACGAAAAGGGAGAUCGCAUCUAUCACCAGCUGAAGAAGCUGGGCUCAUCUCUGGACUGGGACAGAGCUUGUUUUACCAUGGAUGACAAACUGUCAUUUGCGGUUCAGGAGGCGUUUAUACGCAUGCAUGAGGAGGGAGUGAUCUACAGGAGCAAGAGACUCGUCAACUGGUCCUGCACACUCAACUCUGCCAUCUCUGACAUAGAGGUCGAUAAAAAGGAGCUGACGGGGCGAACUCUUCUUCCUGUGCCGGGUUAUAAAGACAAGGUUGAGUUUGGAGUGCUGGUGUCUUUUUCAUACAAGAUCGAAGGAUCAGAUGAGGAGGUGAUAGUGGCCACCACUCGUAUUGAGACCAUGCUUGGAGACACAGCAGUGGCAGUUCACCCGGAAGACUCCAGAUAUAAGCAUCUCAAAGGGAAGAUGGUCAUUCACCCGUUCUGUGACAGAAAGAUGCCCAUUGUGUUUGAUGACUUUGUGGAUAUGAACUUCGGAACAGGUGCUGUGAAGAUCACUCCUGCUCAUGAUCAUAAUGAUUACGAGGUGGGAGAAAGACACAAGCUGCCCUUCAUCAACAUCCUGGAUGAAAACGGCUUCCUCAUCAACGUUCCUCCUCCUUUCCUGGGGAUGAAGCGCUUUGAGGCGAGAACGGCCGUGCUUCAGGCUCUCAAAGACAGAGGCCAGUUUAAGGAGGUCAAAGACAAUCCCAUGGUGGUGCCCGUCUGCAGCCGUUCUAAAGACAUCGUGGAGCCUCUGCUGAAGCCGCAGUGGUACGUGGACUGCAGAGAGAUGGGAAAACAGGCUGCAGACGUGGUCCGAAAUGGAGAGCUCAAGAUCAUCCCAGACCACCACCUUAAAACCUGGUUCAAUUGGAUGGACAACAUCAGAGACUGGUGCAUCUCCCGGCAGCUGUGGUGGGGUCACCGAAUACCAGCGUACUUCGUGACUGUGAAUGACCCGGCAGUCAAACCAGGAGAGGAUAUGGACGGACAUUAUUGGGUGAGCGGGAGGUCAGAGCAGGAAGCCAGAGACAAAGCUGCCAAACGCUUCAAUGUCACUGCAGACAAAAUCUCUCUGCGCCAGGAUGAGGACGUGUUGGACACAUGGUUCUCCUCGGGGAUCUUCCCCUUAUCCAUCUUUGGCUGGCCCAAUGAGUCUGAGGAUCUGAGAGUCUUCUACCCAGGCACACUGUUAGAGACGGGCCAUGAUAUCCUGUUCUUCUGGGUCGCUCGAAUGGUCAUGAUGGGCCUCAAACUCACUGGAAAACUACCUUUCAAAGAGGUGUACCUGCAUGCAGUUGUACGAGAUGCUCACGGCAGGAAAAUGAGCAAGUCUCUUGGUAACGUCAUCGACCCUCUGGACGUCAUCACUGGCAUUUCACUGGAGGGUCUUUAUGCUCAGCUAGCAGACAGUAAUCUGGAUCCUCUGGAGAUUGAGAAAGCCAAACAGGGACAGAAAUCCGACUAUCCCACUGGAAUUCCAGAAUGUGGCACUGAUGCGCUUAGAUUUGCUCUGUGUGCAUACACCAGUCAAGGUCGAGACAUUAAUCUGGAUGUUAACAGGAUUCUGGGAUACAGGCAUUUCUGUAACAAGCUGUGGAAUGCUGUGAAGUUCGCCAUGAGGACUCUGGGUGAGGGGUUUGUGCCCAGUGAGAAAGCUCAGCUGUGUGGCAGUGAAAGUGUCUCUGAUCGCUGGAUUCUGUCUCGUCUGAGCGCAGCAGUAGCGUUGUGUGAUGGCGGAUUCAAGGCCUACGAUUUUCCCACAAUCACCACUGCCAUCUACAAUUUUUGGCUGUAUGAGCUCUGUGAUGUCUAUCUGGAGUGUGUGAAGCCGGUGUUUAGCAGGACAGACUCUGAGGGUCAGAAACAGGCUGACGUCUGCAGACAGACCCUCUACACCUGUCUGGAGGUGGGACUGCGCCUCCUGUCCCCUAUCAUGCCUUUUGUUUCUGAAGAGCUCUUCCAGCGUCUGCCGAGGAGAAGGCCUCGGGACAGCCCUCCCAGCAUCUCUGUCACACCCUAUCCUGACACUGCUGAGUUCUGCUGGCACAGUGAGGAUGUGGACCGUCAGAUGGAGUUUGUCAUGUCUGUGGUCAGAACCAUCCGCUCACUCAGGGCUGAUUAUAACCUGACCAAGACUCGUGCUGACUGUUUCCUGCAGUGUAUCGACUCCGAAACGGCCGCUGUGGUCCAGACAUACAGCCUUCAGAUCCAGACCCUGUCUUACUCUCAGGCCAUUCACUCUGUGGUCGGAGACGCCGCUAUCCCACAAGGCUGUGCGGUGGCCAUCGCUUCAGACAAAUGCACCGUUCACCUCAUGCUGAAGGGUUUGAUUGACUUGGAAAAGGAGGUCACCAAACUGACGGCCAAGAGAGGCGAGCUGGAGAAACAGAUGGAGAAGAUGAAGGAAAAGAUGACCAAGAACGACUACAAGGAGAAAGUUCCUGUGAAAGUGCAGGAGGCUGAUGCUGAGAAGCUGAGGCAGAAUGAAGCGGAGCUGCAGAAGGUGAAGGAAGCCAUAGAGAACUUCAGGAAGAUGAUGUAACAUUUCACCUUCAUGCUUUUUUUUUGUAUCUUUAUGAAUUUUUUCAUUGAAUUCUUUCCUUUGUGUUCAAUGUCAGUCAUGCCUAGCAAACAGUAAUGUGGGGAAGCUUGAAUAAAAAUUAAUCUUAAAUUAAA